CCCUGAGCGGCUGCCCCAAGAAAUGCCUGUUUCUCUGCGGCAGAAAUGUGUUGCUUUUUACCUGCUCUCUGAUCUCAUCUUCUCAUACCCACUUUUCCCUCUUGUGAGUGAAGAAAAUAAACUGACCCACUGGAUUCCGAAGAGACAGUACACCUAAAUAUAUUGGACAGGCGCAGAAAGAGGAGGCCUGACCUUGGAAGCGGAACGGGGUCCUGCCGCAGGUCCUUCCUGGCGGGUGACAUUCAGCCAGCCAGUCGCAGCGACGGACUUUCACUCCUAGAACCAUGGCCCAGUUUGUCCGUAACCUCGCGGAGAAGGCACCGGUCUUGGUUAACGCUGCUGUGACUUACUCGAAGCCUCGAUUGGCCACAUUUUGGCACUAUGCCAAGGUGGAGCUGGUUCCUCCAACCCCUGCUGAGAUCCCUACAGCUAUUCAGAGCCUGAAAAAAAUAGUCAAUAGUGCUCAAACUGGUAGCUUCAAACAGCUCACAGUUAAGGAAGCUCUGCUGAAUGGUUUGGUGGCCACCGAGGUGUUGAUGUGGUUUUAUGUCGGCGAGAUCAUAGGCAAGCGUGGCAUCAUUGGCUAUGAUGUUUAAAGACCAAUCUUUUAACAUGUCAUUAUAUUUGGUUUAUUAUUUCGGUGUUCUUGGACCAUGUGUGAUCAGACUGGUAUUUGAAUAAAAUAAGACAGCGUGUCAAAAUCAGUAUUUUCUCUAUCAAACACUGUAUGGAAGGUCACGAUUUUUUUUUUUUUAAUUAAAGUAUAGUUGAUUUACAAUGUUGUGCCAAUAGGCUACAGUUUCUCUUGAUGUUAAAUUAUGUUCUCUUUUGCUUUAAUACAUUAAUGCAGCUCUAAAUGCAUGUCUUUGUUUAGUCUGCAAUUGGAAUAUUGCAAGCAACCUGGUAACAUUUGAUGGUAACAUUUGAUUUUGAAGGCUUGAAAUAAAUGAUAAUUAAGCUUUAUUUCUAGAAAAGUUGGGGAAAGACCUUGAGAAAACUAGAACUUGCUCCAGUAGAAGAAAUAGUAAUACCAUGAGCCAAAUAUGAUGAAGUUAAAUUAUGUAGUAUAAAGAAUAAAAUUUGGACUGUUUUUCUUUGCUAAAAUCAGAGAAAGACCCUUUUGACAACACCUGUGUCUGUAAAUAUAGGGGAACUCUGUCAACUUGAAUAUAGCCUCCCUAAGAGAGAAGAGCAAGGUGAUAUUCUGUGUACCUUUGUGACAUCUUUAACACUAGGACAGAGUGAAUGACAACAACAAUGUUUUGUUUUGUUUUGUUUUGUUUUGUUUUGUUUUUAGUCUUUUUAGGGCCGCACUUGCGGCACAUGGAAGUUCCCAGGUUAGGGGUUAAACGGGAGCUGUAGCUGCUGGCCUCCGCCACAGCCACAGCUGUGCCAGAUCCUAGGCGCAUGUGUGACCUACACCACAGCAACGCUGGAUCCUUAACCCCUGCACCACGACGGGAACUCCCUUUUUAAUCUAAUUUUGAUAUGUGUUAUAUUCUGUCCAAUUUGGUUUUUUUAGGACCUAUCUUUGCAAAAAUAAAAUAUCCUAUAUAGGGAGUUCUGCUGUUGCUCAGCAGGUUGUGAACCCGACUAGUAUCCAUGAGCAUGCAGGUUCGAUCCCUGGCCUCACUCAGUGGGUUAAGGAUCCGGCAUUGCUGUGAGCUGUGGUGUAGGGUGCAGAUGAUGCUCAGAUCCCAAGUGGCUAUGGCUGUGGCAUAGGCUGGCAGCUGCAGCUCUGAUUCAAUACCUUAACUGGAAACUGCCAUAUACCAAGUGUGUGGCCCUAAAAAGCCCCUCCCCCCAAAAAAAAAAUCCUAUAUAAAUUUAACAGGGUUAUAAUUUAGUAUCAUCCAUGGGUCUAAAUAGUGUGUUGUGGGAGUUCUCUUUCGGCACAGUGGGUUAAGGAUCCAGUGUUGUCAUUGCAGCAGCUUGGGCUCCUAAGGCCAGGUUCAAUCUCUGGCCCAGAAACUUCCACAUGCUGCUGGCAUCCCCCCCAAAAAACAAAACAAAACAAAACAACAGUAUAUUAUGUCCUGAAAUAAAUACAGCUCAGUCUGUCAUCUUGAGCUAUUUUGUUGAGGAUUUGAGAACAACUUAAUCAUUCACUGGCUUUUCCUGGGGUCUUAUCAUCUGUGAGUGGCUCAUUUGUGUGUGUCUAAAUCUAUUAUAACUCUCUUGCAGCCCGUGCACAACAUGGAAUACCUACGAUCUGAUGAUAACCAAAAGAUGAUUGCAUAUUGGAAAAGCAUGACUCAUGAUACAGUAUUAAUCCUUUAAUAGUAUUGAACCUUUAACCAGUCAAUCCCAAAUUCACCAGCAGGUUUAGAACACUGCUGCCUUAGCCAAUAAAGGGCACAGCUUUUCUAUGUGAUUAAGGCAAGAAGUCUCCAAGAGAGACUGUUACCUUCUAAAAUACGAAGUUAUGCCUAAUUUACUGCAGGUGGCCAAAACUGAAACUACUAUUUUUCAAAAAGUAUUCAGUAACUUAAAAUACGCACCCAGAAGACUGAAAAGACACUGCUACAAUAAUAGUGCUGUUUAUGUGUUUCUCUAUUGCAUACAUGAAUGAAUAGUACUUUUUUUUUUAAUUUUAAGCUACAAGAUCAGCUAGCACUGGUAAACUUACAGAGGCGUAGUUGAUUCCUAAUAUGUAAUAUGAUUUUAUUUUAACCACAUAGUCACACCAGAAAGCCCUCAAAAUAAACAUCUACUACUCACU